CGGAAGAAAAAAUAAGAGAUGGAAACGAAAUUGUUUUGAAGAAAAAAAAAUAGUCACAAAAGGCACGUAAUUGAAUAUCGGUGACACCACACGAACGCGCGUGCGUUAAUAUUACAUAUUAUUAUUAUAUAUGCGAGCAUACAAUAUUAUAAUAUUAUGUUUUUAGAACGAGACGGUCGUGCGCGUGCGCGCGUACCUUCGCAUGUACGCGGAGUGUACACGCGCGCGCGAUGAGGGGACCCCACGCGGGUUGACACCCAUUUCGCGGCCGACAGCCAAUGGCUCGACGCGGCCUUUUGCGCGAGGGGUUCUGCGAGAGGUGCCCCUGCGAAAAAACAAAAACACAAACGAAAAGGACGAAAAAGAAUAUGGCCGUUUGCCGCAAAUAAUAAUUAUCGCGUAUACAGAAUAAUAUAUAAUAUUAUAUAGGUACCGACCGCCGGCCGUACGCGUACAGUGUUAUUACCAUUAUUAUUGUACCAUCGUUGUGCGCGCGUGUGUGUGUUUGUACUAUAAAACUCGACGGUGACAAUAAUAUGUAAUAUAAUAUAAAAUAUUAAGAUAUUAUCAUUACGCGAUGUAAGUAGUACGCUGCAGCAGCAGCAGUCGCGGUUUUCUACACUCCGAAGUCGUCUACUGAAUUUAUUGUUUGUUCUUUUAAAAAUAUUAUUAUAUUAUUACAUUGAAUAAUACUAAUAAUAAUAAUAAUAAUAUCUGUACGUCAUACAAUAGUGUCGCCGUCGCGUCCGUCGCGUGCACACGCACUACAUAAUAUCGUAUGCGAGUUCGCGUCGCGUCGUCGCGUGAACGCCGACCGACGUUUGAAGAAUUUCGUCCGUUUGUCGGAAAACGGUAGCCGCGAACCGGCGACCGCCGCAGCCGCCUCCGAGUGCGUUCUUCGUGACGACUUCAACGUAGUUACAUUAUUAUUAUAUGCCGCCGCCGCCGCCGACGUACUCGAGUACAACUCUCGUCAUGCGCUCACCGGACGCGCUUUUCGCCGACAGGUAUCGACGUGUAUAGCGCGUGUGAUAACAAAAUAUUUUUUUUAUAAACAUUUUAUUCGCCUCCGAAUUUGGGCGGAAUAUCGUCCCCCUAGACGAACGUCAUGUACUCGGCACACUACAACGGAUUCACGUUUCAAGGCCAAGGGCGUGUGAACCAGCUCGGUGGUACGUUCAUCAACGGCCGACCGUUGCCUAAUGUCGUCCGGUUGAAAAUCGUAGAAAUGGCCGCAGCUGGCGUGCGGCCCAGCAACAUAUCUAGACAGCUCAAAGUGUCGCACGGGUGCGUGUCCAAGAUACUCAACAGAUACCAAGAGACGGGCAGCAUCCGGCCGGGCAUAGUGAACAGCGAUCACGUACAGAAAAUCUAUCCGAAACGAAUUUCUUAUUGUCCGGAGGAAGUCAGAGAUACAACAAUCAGAUCAGAUCGUCAUAGUAAUUACUCAAUCGACGGAAUACUGUCAGGAAGAACCGGUGACGUGGAUGUGCCGUCGGAACCGGGCAUCGUCAUAUCCAGAAAACAGAGAAGAGGAAGGACCGCGUUCACGGCCCAACAACUGGAAGGUUUGGAAAGGUCGUUUUUGGCUUGCCAGUAUCCGGAUAUAGCGGCCCGGGAGACUCUCGCCGCUAAAUUCGGACUUCCGGAACCUCGAGUCCAAGUGUGGUUCAGCAAUCGGAGAGCGAGAUGGAGGAAACAGAAUAGUUCCAACGUACAACACAACAUAAUCAGCAGCAAUUUUUCUGAGAACCUAAACACACCUUCCUACACUGGCACAGCUGAUUGGAGACUUCAACCUGGCGUUCAGUACAACGGUUACUAUGACGGGUCUGCGUGGGACGAAUACCAGCAAACCGCACGGAACAACGCGGCCCACCAAUACGGAGACAUAUUCAACCCGUCCGCCGCCGCUGUGGCUUACGGCGCGCACAACGAAUUUGCGGCUAACCCGACCAAACUGCGUAUGCCGCCGACCCUGCCACCACCUCCACCGACGACUCAGCCGCCAACCGCCACCGCCGCCGCAACUUCCGCCGCCGCCGCCUCCAUGGGAUACCAUCAGUCGCCGACCGCGGCGGUCAGUCGCUGGACGGAAUUCGGCAAACACACCGCCGCCUCCACGGCCGCAGUCGACUUCCCGGUGGCGUCUUAUUUCAACAACAAUUUAUUAUGAUAUUGUUAUCGAGAACUUAACCGUAAUAAUAAUAAUUGUGUGUAUAAUAUUAUCGUAUAUUGCGACUAUGAUAAAAUUGUAACGGACGACUACGUUACCACAAGUCUUAUACCGCACCGACGACUUAUAAUAAGCGUUCAUUGGGUACCCGCUAAAAUGCGCCCACGUCCUGCGUGUAAUAUUAUAUUGUUAUUAUAUUAAUAUGCAUGGCAAUAAUAUUCAACGAGCGAGCUCAUUCAGAUUUUUCCUAAAACUAUAGUUCAUGCAAAUUUUGAUUUUUCGACUUCUUGAGUACCUGCCUAUAAUAUCAAAUAAGUUUUCAAUAAAGACCCUAUUUUUAAUUGCCUGGAUUUUAAAUAUAUAGUGUCAUUUUACGAUACAAAGAAGAACCAACCAUUUUCACUAUAAAUAAUAAAUUGUUUAGCAGAUGUUUAAUUUUUAAAAUGCUGAUGUAUCUAAAUCAAAAUUUGAAUGAGUAGUUUUGAGUUAUUGAAGUGUGUGUACUAACAUAGUAUUGUGGUAUGGUGCUAUAUUUAGGAUAUAAAGAGAAGCUAUGAUGAUUUGAAAACUAUAUUUUACA